AUGAAUACGGUCAUUAUAGAACCACAAUCGAAUCACCCAGCGAAAAUGGGUUUGGUAAAUUUAAAAGAUUUGGUUGAAGCGUCCGCUCACAAAUGGUAUAAAGAAAAUGAGAAAGAUUCUAUGAAGGCUAAAUGGGGACGAACAUAUAACUGGAAAGAGCUAGUGAAAGAAAUCGACUGGCGAUCGUUAAAAGUCAGACAUGAUCCUGUCGUAUAUCAAGAUUUAGAAACACCCGGUACUCCAAAAAAUCAUAUAUUAUUUCGUUCAACAUUUUUGAAUGAUACAGCAAGAGAACAAGAAUAUAAUUUACGAGCAGAGCGACGAACAGUUUCCACUUGUGCAUUUUCAAUAUUUGAAGGAUAUACCACAGAACAGGCGGCAAAUCUCGAAUUAGAAGUACCAUUACCAAAAUGUGUAAUUGAAGCAAGUACAGGAUUUCGACGAGAAUAUACAUUAGAACAAAGUCGUGAUAAACAAGUUGAAGAAGAAUUAACAUGGUCAGUCGAAAGUAAUAUUAAAAUACCCGGUCUAUCACAAACAACUGCUGAAUUAGUUGUCCAAGAAGACGAAUACAAGGGUACAUUUGAAAUAAAAAGUUAUUUUUCUGGUGAAAUUCGUUUGAAAGUAUUUAAAGAUCAGCAAGAAUUAUUAAAUUUGGAAUUUGGUGAUUUGGAAGAUAUAUUUCCUCGUGAUAAGGGUUUUCGUAAAGAUGCACGAGGUAUAUAUCGUAUAACACGCGGAGAAUGCAAGGCACGCUUUGGUAUUAGUCAAAAAGUAGAAUUACACCAAAGAGAAUUACCCGGCGCUGAACAAUACUUUAAAAAAUUACAAGAUAAAGAACAUGAGAAACAACAACAAGAUGAUCAGCGUAUUAUAAAUAUGAACACAAAUAACAAUGCUAAUAGUAUUGAUACUGUACGUAAUCAUAAUCUAAAAGAUUAUCGUCCAAAUGGGCCGUUACCCAUGCCAUCAGCGCCUAUUAUUCCCUAUUACAAUCGAGAAAUAAUUAAUGCAACCAGUAAUUAA